AUGAGAACUACUCGCGCUCCAAUGCCUGCUGAAUUGCCUUGGCCUAUGCCUAAUUGUGGGAAUCCAAGGCUUACUUAUGCCCAGAGAGCCAUAUUUCUUGACAGGCCCAACUACUUCAGAGGAAGUUUAGCAAGAGGGCAAACUGAAAUUAGUCGCAGUUGGGGUAUCGCCCCUCCUGCAGCGCUUAUGUACCGAAUGAAAUAUGAAUGCGCUGCUGAAUCGUAUGCGCAACAAUUAGUGAGCAUUUGUCGAACUUGGCCGACACCGGAAUAUGCUCUAGGAGGGCAUAAGCAGGAUAUUCAUGUUCUGCCUACUGUUCAAACAACACCCGAAGGAGCUGUUCAGAAUGUGAUGCUUAUAGGUGAAAAUUCUGAUAACGAAAGUUUGAUUGAAGGCCAUCGUUACAUGGUGGAGUCAGCUUGCAAGAUAUGGCUUCAGGUCUAA